AUGCUUCUCCUCGUCGGGACUCCACCUAGGAUGACUCGACGCGUUUCCCGAAGAGGUGAAGAACUUUUGAAAGCUCAAAGGUCGAGCCUUUCACUUUCCUCUGCCUCUCCCACGCCUAGCUCGUUGCCUCCGAUAGAACCGUUGCUUGAAACCUUCUCUCUGCCAAAUUCGUCUCCGCCAGAUCCGCCGGUUAAAGCUCCCUCUCCACCAGAACCACCUGGCCCUCCUCUUAAAGAUCCUUCUCUGAUUUUCCCUCCGGAACCUCCAGACCCUCCAGACCCUCCAGAUGUUACUGUAUCUCUCAUCGCUUCUCCGCGGUUCUUCUACACCUCCAGACCAUCUCCUCAAGCUUUUUUCCAGAUUUCAUCUCUAAAGCCUCCAUAUAGGAUAUCGACAAAGAGUGUAGGUGGUGGUGGUGCUCCUGUGUCCGUAAAUGACUCUUUCUUCGCCUACGAGCUUUUAUCUCCUGUGAUAUACAUGUAUCUAUUUGAAUGUGCUGGAUGGCCUUUAUUCAGUUCUUAUUUCGACCUUUCUAUCUCUCCUCCUCGUAUGGUUCGUCAUGUACAUCUUAGCCCUUUCUUGUCCAUUUAUUCUGCUACUGUAGAAUGGUUUAGACAGCUAUUUUUGUGGAUGCCGUUGGAUUUGAGGUUCAUGACUUUAGCCGGUGAUAUAUUGAUGGUUUUAGUUUCAUUUGGUUCUACUUUUGUGACCUCUAGUAGUGCUUUUAUCGCCUUGGUGCGAUCAGCUGCAGUAUGCAGUUCUCUUACGAGUUCUAUUCUGGGUGUUGGUAUUAUGUUUGUGUAUCUCUCUUCUUGGUGGCAGGUAGAAGAGAAAUCUAUCUUCAUCUUUAGCCCGAUGAGUAUGGAAGUGGCGGGUUAUGAUUUCCCGUUUGUCACUCGUUUGAAUCAGUCUUCUUUCCUAAUAUUUUACCCUAUAUGGAGUGAAUUGGAUGAACAAGUUUCGUUGGUAUUGCAAGGAUCUUCCUCCCAUCAAAUGCUCUUCUCUGCGUAUGGUGCAGUGUGUGGUCCUACGGGUUACACUAGAUGCAAUCUUUGA